AUGAGAGCCUCCCCUUUCAUAACACUGCUUUCGGCACUUUCUGCCGCAGGCUUGAUGUUUGUUUGUCUCUUCGCCGGUUACAGCCCUACAACGCUGUCGAGUGUCGAUAUGUUCAGUAUGAAUGUUUCGCGGAUUGCAAACACAACAUUCAACAAUAGCACCGGCAAUGGCUGCAGCUGUGUGGAGUUUGUGAAUGGCACACUGACCAUCAAUGGGUCGGCCGUGACCGAUGGCCAUACGACAGUCGAAGUCUACGAUAUUGGGAUCAGCGAAUAUUAUGCCGUCUACACCAUGAACUACUGCGAAGGGAAUUAUCUACCUCAUUAUUACGACAAAGGCGCGAAGGCCGUUCUCACUAGCUGCAAAACACCCUCUGUAUCACGUCGCUUCGACCUGGUCUCCAUUAUCGAAGAUGCCCUUGAAAAUGUCGGGGCGUCGCUGAAUCAAACCUUGUCGCUCGACGACUUGGAUUGGCCAGACGGCAUCACCAACGCAUUCGGCUACGUCUCGUCGGCCAGUACAGCAAUGAUUGCCUUUUUCCUCAUCGGUAUUCUGUUCCUCCUUCUGGCAACGUUAGCGGGGACCAUUGCGCUCUUUCGACCGAGCAAGAAUAUCACAGUGAUCUUGUUGAUGACCUCUGUUAUAGCGUGUAUGACUCUUGCGAUUACUGCAGGUCUUGCAACUGGUAUAAUUACUACGGUCGUCAACGGGAUCAAUUCAAACGGCGACGAUAUCGGAGUGUCUGCAUCGCAAGGCAACACAUUCAUGGCCCUGAUAUGGAGUGCGGUAGCACUCCUCUUUGUGUCAACCUUGACCACCACAGCGCAACUGUGCACCGGGGGCCGUCGUGAGCCUGGCCGUCGACGCAGGAGGAGAGAAUAUGACGGUUACGGCUACCACAUGCCAAUGAGUAUGGGCUAUGGUGGACAUAUGCCUCACCACAUGUCUCACCCAAUGUCUUCUCGUUCCAUGUCGCACCAUAUGUCACAGCCCUAUCACCACCCCAGCUCUCGCUACGAUCCAUGGGAUCUUUACGGCUCAAGAAGAUCUUUAGUACCGUCUCACAUGGACGACCCCUAUGGAGAGGACGAUUUCAGGUGA